GGGAAGGAGGUCAGGAACGAAUCUGGACGACAGCUUGUUCACAAAAUUGUGUUUAGUUUCUUACGAUGUUCGUGACGAAGAGUAUAUCUGCCGAACACAAAGAUCUCAUUCACGAUGUCGCCUACGAUUUCCACGGACGGCGAAUGGCGACAUGCUCGAGUGACCAAAGUGUUCAGGUAUGGGAUAUAGGUGAAGAUUCUGAGUGGCAUUGUACUGCUAAUUGGAGGACUCACAGUGGUUCUGUAUGGAGAGUAACGUGGGCACACCCAGAGUUUGGUCAAGUACUUGCCACCUGUUCUUUUGAUAGAACUGCUGCAGUCUGGGAAGAAGUUGUUGGUGAAUCCAAUCCAAAUCACAGAGGACAGAAUCACUGGGUGAAACGUACACAGUUAGUAGACAGUCGUACUUCAGUCACCGAUGUCAAGUUCGCACCUAAACACCUGGGUUUGUUAUUAGCUACUUGUAGGAAUAAUAUAAUACUAAGAAUAGAACUAUGUGUAGUAGACAUUGCAGUCAGAUUACAGAAUGAAAUUUCUUGCAAAAUGAACUGUAGCUGCAUAUCGUGGAAUCCUUCUAGUUCCAGAGUACAUCCAGCUAUGAUAUCAGUUGGUAGUGAUGAUCCAAGUACAACAGGAGGUGGAAAAGUACAAGUAUAUGAAUAUUCUGAUGGUAAUCGGAAAUGGAACAAAGUGGAGACUUUGAUGACAGUAACAGAGGCAGUCCAUGAUGUAGCAUUUGCACCUAAUCUAGGCCGUUCUUAUCACCUUUUAGCGGUAGCGUCUAAAGAUGUCCGAAUAAUCAUGUUAAAGCCACUCAGGUAAGACUGAAGCCAGCAUAGUGGCGUUACAAGAUUUGAAGUUAGACAGCCUGCACAAUUUGAUGAACAUAACUCACAGGUAUGGCGAGUUAAUUGGAACAUUACUGGUACAAUACUAGCAUCGUCUGGUGAUGAUGGAUGUGUGAGGUUAUGGAAAGCAAACUACUUAGAUAACUGGAAGUGUAUAGGAGUUCUAAAAGCUGACGGUACGCAUCAUGGGCCCGGGCACAGUGGACGAUCUCAUUCGUCCCACGUAGUUGGUACAUCGGCUACAUCAGGAGCAUCAUCAUCAUCAUCCGGUGCUGCUGCUGGCAACUCGUCACAGUCAAGUACAAGGUAUUAUAAAUUAGGUGCUAUCGCUCAUCCUAGUGAAGUGGUAUGGCAUUAGCCCCGCCCCUUUUCCAUAGGUAGUGAAGUGUUCUGAUCAAGAUAGAGGAGAUG